AUGGCGUCGCAUCUCGUUAAGGGAGCCUUGGUCCACCUCUCCGGGCCCCAUGAGGAGGUGCUGGAGCUUUAUGUAAAGGGUGAGCCCUCGUUGGAGCAACUGGGCAGCGUGAACGUGGACGGCGGGGCACAGCUGCAGCGCUUCGACAGGGCGUCCCAGCGAUGGCUGGCGCUCACCUUCGACGGGCGGCUCGUGACCUCGCAGGAUCCGAGUCAACUUAGACCCUUGGAGAUCCAGGAGCUCGGCGUUGACUUCGUGGUGGGCCCCAGCUCCAAUCGAGAGGUCUUGGCCGAAGCCAUGGCUUCCAAGCUCGUUUUAGAUGGGUAUUUUGUCAGCCAGGUGCUGGAUAAGAGGACGGAACUCUCAGAGCUACUGACGGCAGAGUCCCAGCUCGAUUUCUCGCGCAUUCCCGCAGAGUUUGAGCCCUACUACUUGGGCCUGGAGAGCCGAGAGAGACAUGCUCUGAUAGACUUCGAGGAGUGUUCUGAUGAAGUCACACGGAUCUUUAGUGAUAGCGACACCAGACUUACGAGACUGGGCGACAGCAUCUCCACGGCCCUCCGGGAAAAGCUGGGGACCCGUAUCACCGGGAGAACCAACCUCAUGGUCAGGCAGACCUUCUCCAGCUCGGAGGAGGAGCUCAGCUGUCAACCAGUCGACCACCCAGGCAGCACUGAGCGGGAGAUGUUCAUGAGCCUGAUGAAGCGGCGGAGGGUCUGUGUGAUGCACUUCCUGGGCCCACGCACCAGCAAGCUGAAGCUGAUCUCCCGGGAGGGAGGCCCGGAUCUUGAAAUCGAGGCCUCACCUGGAAAGAUGGUCCUCUUCAUGACGGAGCGCUUCCAGUACAGCCACACCUGUGAUGGCAAAACAACGACCCUCCAAACAUGGUUGCUUGGCCAGCGGCCGGAGUACAAGAUGCUCAGCUUCGGAGGUGACCUCUCAGUCCUGGCACCCAUGGCAGAGAAGGGGAUCGAGCCUCCGAAGGGGGAGGGCGUGGUAGUCACCGGCAUGGCGACACAGAUUGGUGGAGACUCGAAGGACAUGCGCGAAAGUUGCUUUUUUUGCUGCAUUUCAAAGCCAAAGUGGGGUAGUGAGGACCACAAGUGCUACUGGCUCAUGUUCAACAAGGCCGCUCUAUCUGGCUUAGAGUCUUGCUAUCGUAGCUUGAAGACUGUGCUGCUUGGUGAGUAA